UUCAAUGGUGAAGAUGAGUUGUAUUUAGAGUGCUGAAGAUGGUUUGCUCCCACUAUUGGUGCUGGCACUCCUAGUUAAAAAGCCAUUAGGUACCAAGUGAUGGAAAGGAGUCUUCCUGAAAGUUUGGAGAGUUUCUGCCAGUCCAACCAGAUCAUACUGGCUAACAAAUAGGACCAUUUCUACUGCAUUUUCUCAGACUUUUUUUCCCUUCUUGUCACCAUGUUCUCCAUAUGUCCUCAGUAACUCCUAUGCAGAAAGUAUAUAGAAAUAGGCUUUCUAGACAUAUAUUUUUCUAACUUCCAGAUCCAAAACUGUACUCAGGCAUGGAGGAAUUACCCUCACCUACUCCAGUAUCAGCUUCUGGCUGUGAAUAUGAAAGCUAACAAAAACUUGUGAUCUUUGCCACAGGAAUUAAGGGUACUUCUUCAAAGAAGUUGGUUGAAGAGGUGGGAAUUGGUAUAGCAGGGGUAUGAAUUACAUGUCUCUCCAGAUGCUGUUAGGUUGCAACUUAUUGUUGCUCUAGCCAGCAUACCCAGUGAUGAGGAUGAAGAGUGAUGGGAAUUCAAGUUCAACAAUAUCUGAAGGACUGCACAGUUCUUUCCAUUUCUCUAUACACAUACACACAUGCAUGCAUACACACAAGGCUUUACAAAGAUGAGAAAUUCGUUGAGCCAGCAGAGUAGUUUCAAGAUGGCAUUAGCAAGUGGACACUGGAUUCAAAAAGAAGUGAUUGGAGAUGCUCCAAAUCCUAGACAUGGACAUGCAUUGGCUAUGGCAGGAAAUAUAGCAUUCAUGUUUGGCGGCUGUUCCUUUUAUAAUACUUCUGAUGAUCAGCCAACCUAUUUUAAUGACUUCUACAUGUUGACAAUUACCCCUACUGAUCUGGCUUGGGAAAAGAUACCACAGGAUGGACAUAUUCCUUGUCCAAGACAAGGGCACUCACUUUGCAUAGUAAAAGGCAAGAUAUAUUUGUUUGGAGGUUGUUCAAGCACGAAUGCUGAGCUUUGCCUUCCAGGAGUCUACAUAUUUGAUCUUGGUUCUUUAACAUGGCAGAAAGCUACUACCACUGGUAUUACACCUCAGACUCUCAAACAUAGUUCAGCUGUUGUAGGAGAAAACAUCUAUGUGUAUGGCGGUAUACAGUGUGGAAAAGCUGUUGAUGACCUAUAUGUGUUCAAUACAGUAUCCCAGAGUUGGACUCCAGUCAAAACAUCUGGUUCAGCUCCAGGUGCCAGGUCAGGCCAUGCUUUUGCAACAAUUGGAGAAAUCAUCUAUAUGUUUGGAGGUUGCUCCGAUGAAGAUGAAUAUUGUACAGACGUGUUUGCACUGGACACAGUAUCUUUAACAUGGCAAAAGUGUGAAGUGAAAGGAGAAAAGCCUGUUGGAAGAUCCCAUCAUACAUUCACAGCACACCAUGAUAAGGACAUUUAUUUGUUUGGAGGAAUCUCUGAGUCCAAGGAUGGUACCAAAAUCCUAAGGAAUGAUAUUAUGAAAUUAAGUUUAGCACGGAUGAAAUGGAAGAUGCCACUUUAUGUGGGGAUCCCCCCUGCUUGCAGACAGAAUCAUGUCGCUUUUAUUCUCCACAGCCAUCUCUAUAUCUUUGGUGGAAUAAAUGAAAAAGAUUUCAACGAUCUCAUAGGAAUGAAAUUGAUAAAGCCUUCAGAUAGACAACCUAUUAUGAAGGAGAUUCUUUCAGAACUGGGAAUCCAAGGAAUAAACAGCAGGUUUACACCCACCAAAAUCCCCAAAGUGAGAUAUGAAUUAACAGGCUCGCCUUUGCUGACUGAAUCAGUUUCUCCACCACCUCCUGUUCCAACAGUUCAGUUCCAAGAUUUCCAUUCUGUGCGUAACCAAGCAAUGGAGAUGAUUACAAGGGCCUUUGCUUUGCUGGACUCUGAAUUUCAAAAGCUCAACAUGGCAAAAGCUGAAUUGGUUCAGGCAACAGUAGCUUUCCAACAGGAAAAAGAGCAAUAUGACAUACACUUUAAAAAUCAACAGAAGGACCUCCAAGAGAUGCUAGAAAAACACAAGGUCCAGAACGAAGCAUGGCUCAAAGCUAGAGCUGAAGAAAAUGACAAGGAAAGGAAAGAGCUCUAUAAACUGAGGGAAGAGAUUCUACAUGAUCAGGAAAGGUUGAGAGAUGAACAACAAAGCAUUCAGGAGCGCAAUCAGCAGCUCCUUUCUGUAAUGCAGCAGUUCAAAGGAAUGUGAACAGUUUGCUGAAUAAAGCCUGAUCACAUGUUCCAGAUCAUAGCAACAACACAGCAUCCCUUGAACAACUGAGCUCUUAUAUUUACUGUGACAAAGCUCCAGUUACCAUACAGAGUGAAGUUUGAUCUCUCUAACUUUCCAUUCAGCCUAAGGAUGAAGUCUCUUUUAAAGUCCCUUUCACAUUUUAAAAACAUUGUAAGCCUCUAAUUCAGUAUUUUUCAU